UUGAGUAGCAGAAGGCGAAUAUAUUAACUUGACGUGUCACUUUUCCAGCAAAAAGAAGUAUCUGUUCUUAUUUCAAUAAUUUUGCAUUUUUAUCAAAUUUAGUUUUGAAAAAAUCGCAUGUGGAGAGAGAACUUAGCAAAAACAUACUUGUUUUCGAAGUUGCAGGUAUAUUAACUUGAAAAACAUACAAAAUCGCACUUGGUUCUUUGCAAAAAAAAAUUGACACAACCGCAGUAGUAUUCAGUAUCCAUCAAGAUUUCUAAAAAUACAAAACGACUCAAAAGAUCCAAAAUGUUAACGAACUUUGAGUCAAAGUCGGCACGGGUUAAGGGCUUAUCCUUCCACCCAAAACGGCCUUGGAUUCUUGCCAGUUUACACACUGGCGUAAUUCAAUUAUGGGACUAUCGUAUGCACACACUACUUGAGAAAUUCGACGAACACGAUGGACCGGUUCGUAGUGUUGCCUUCCAUCAACAAAUGCCACUAUUCGUUUCGGGAGGCGAUGACUAUAAGAUUAAAGUUUGGAAUUAUAAACAACGCCGGUGCAUAUUUACACUGUUGGCCCAUUUGGAUUACGUGCGCACUGUUGCUUUCCAUCAUGAGUAUCCUUGGAUAUUAAGCUCUUCAGAUGAUCAAACCAUUCGCAUUUGGAAUUGGCAAUCAAGAAAUUGCAUUUGUGUGCUUACCGGUCACAACCACUAUGUAAUGAGUGCGCAGUUCCAUCCGACGGAAGAUCAAAUAGUGUCUGCGUCCUUGGAUCAAACAGUGCGUGUAUGGGACAUAUCGGGUUUACGCAAGAAAAAUGUUGCACCUGGGCCAGGUGGGCUAGAGGAUCAUUUGAAAGGACAUCCGGGAGCUACAGAUCUCUUUGGUCAAGCUGACGCAGUAGUUAAGCACGUAUUGGAGGGUCAUGAUCGUGGUGUAAAUUGGGCUAGUUUCCAUCCGACCUUACCACUUAUUGUAUCCGGCGCUGAUGAUCGUCUUGUGAAAUUAUGGCGUAUGAAUGAAUACAAAGCCUGGGAAGUUGAUACGUGCCGUGGUCACUAUAACAAUGUAUCGUGUGUGCUCUUCCAUCCUAGACAAGAUUUGAUACUAUCAAAUGGUGAAGAUCGUAGUAUACGUGUUUGGGAUAUGACUAAACGUCAAUGUUUGUACACAUUCCGUCGGGAUGGAGAACGUUUUUGGAUACUCACUGCACAUCCUACAUUGAAUUUGUUUGCUGCUGGGCAUGACGGAGGAAUGGUAGUUUUCAAAUUGGAGAGAGAGCGUCCAGCCUACGCUGUGCAUGGCAAUUUACUUUAUUAUGUUAAAGACCGUUUCCUUCGCAAAUUAGAUUUCACAACUACCAAAGACACUGUCGUAAUGCAAUUACGUGGUGGUGGCAAAUCUCCUGUACACAGCAUGUCUUAUAAUCCGGCUUUGAAUGCAGUUCUCGUAUGCACCCGAACUAAUAAUCUCGAAAAUAGCACCUACGAUCUAUACCAGAUACCAAAAGAUUCAGAAUCGCAAAAUGAGUCAGAAUCUAAACGUUCAUCUGGCAUAACUGCUAUAUGGGUAGCCCGUAACCGUUUUGCUGUACUUGAUCGGAAUCAGCAAUUAGUAAUUAAGAACUUCAAAAAUGAAGUUACCAAAAAAAUACCAACCUUCUGCGAAGAAAUCUUUUAUGCUGGUACGGGAAUGCUAUUAAUCCGGGACCCUGAAUAUGUAACGCUUUAUGAAGUGCAACGACUAGUAUCCGUUGGCUGCAUUAAGUUGGCCAAAUGUCGUUAUGUGGUUUGGUCUGCUGAUAUGUCGUUGGUGGCUUUACUUUGCAAACACUCUGUCACUAUAUGCGAUCGUCGACUACAGUAUUUGUGCACAAUUCAGGAGAAUUGCCGCGUUAAGUCUGGUGCCUGGGAUGACUCAGGUGUCUUCAUUUAUACAACAAGCAAUCACAUUAAAUAUGCUAUUACUAAUGGUGACCAUGGUAUUAUUCGCACACUUGACUUGCCAAUUUACUUGACUCGUGUUAAGGGCAAUCAAGUUUUUUGUCUAGACCGCGAGUGUCGCACACGCGUACUCCAUAUUGACUCGACGGAAUACAAAUUCAAGUUGGCUCUCAUUAAUCGUAAAUACGAUGAAGUUUUGCAUAUGGUGCGUAAUGCACGUCUGGUGGGUCAAAGUAUAAUUGCUUACUUACAACAAAAAGGAUAUCCGGAGGUGGCUUUACAUUUCGUAAAGGACGAGAAAACACGUUUCGGUUUGGCUCUGGAGUGUGGUAAUAUUGAAAUCGCUUUGGAAGCUGCUAAAGCACUCGACGACAAGGAUUGCUGGGAUCGCCUGGGUCAAGCCGCAUUAUUGCAGGGUAAUCAUCAAGUUGUUGAAAUGUGCUACCAACGCACAAAGAACUUUGACAAGCUCAGCUUCCUCUAUUUAAUUACUGGCAAUUUGGAAAAGCUAAAGAAGAUGAAUAAAAUUGCCGAGAUCCGCAAGGAUGUGUCAGCCCAAUAUCAAGGAGCUUUGCUCUUGGGUGAUGUCAAAGAACGAGUCAACAUUCUCAAAAAUUGUGGACAAUUGUCUUUGGCUUACCUCACCGCUGCAACUCAUGGCUUACAAGAACAAGCUGAACAAUUGGAGACAGCAAUCACACAAGAAGGGAACGAGCUGCCUCUGGUCAAUCCAAAUGCCACAUUAUUACAACCCCCUGUACCCAUACAGCAGGUCGAAAGCAACUGGCCUCUACUUACCGUAUCAAAGGGCUUCUUUGAAGGUGCAAUGAUUACACGUGCAGGUACUAGUGCCACCGCCAGACAAGCGUUGAACGCCAAUGCUGACGUAGCUGCCUUGGAUGAUGUCGGCGCCGGUGACGGUUGGGGCGCAGAUGCUGAUUUGGGUCUUGGCGACGAUGGUGAUGAUGAAAUGCACGAUGCCUUAGAUACUGAACCUGGUGCUGAAGGCGUCGGCGAAGAUGGCGCUGGUUGGGAUGUAGGCGACGACGAUUUGGUUGUGCCGGAGGAAUUGGCUUCGAAAAUUAAGGCUUCAGCUUUGGAUAAUGGCUUUUAUGCGGCACCAAAUAAAGGGCUGUCCGCGGCGCAACACUGGGCCAACCAUUCGCCAUUAGUAUUGGAUCACAUAAAAUCUGGUUCAUUCGAAUCUGCAUUCCGUCUACUCAACGAUCAAUUGGGUGUGAUUAAUUUUAAGCCUUUUAAAACACUAUUUCUACAAAAUUAUACUUGCGCGCGCACAAGUUUUACAGCAAUGCCUAACUUGCAGCCUUUAACUGCAUAUCCACUACGUAAUACUGGUGAGACAAAUCCGAAAAAUCAGCGCCCAGCUUUGGGAAUAAAAUUAAAUGAUUUAGUACAACGCCUCCAAGCCGGAUAUCAAUUGACCACCGGCGGUAAAUUUACCGAAGCUAUUGACAAAUUCCAUUCCAUAUUGUUACACAUACCCCUGUUGGUGGUAGAGACAAAACAAGAUAUAGCAGAAACUCAACAACUGCUAAAAAUCUGUUCUGAAUACAUACUCGGUUUAAAGAUGGAAACUGAACGUAAGGGUAUGCCGAAAUCCACAUUAGAGGAGCAGAAGCGCCUUUGCGAAAUGGCUGCAUACUUUACACAUUGCAAAUUGCAGCCUGUCCAUCAAAUUCUUACGUUACGCACAGCUUUGAAUAUGUUCUUCAAGUUGAAGAACUAUAAGACAGCAGCAUCAUUUGCACGACGACUACUCGAGUUGGGACCACGUCCGGAAGUGGCUCAGCAAGUACGUAAAAUAUUACAGGCUUGUGAAGUCAAUCCCAUUGACGAGCAUCAAUUACAUUAUGAAGAAUUCAAUCCAUUUAAUAUCUGUGGCAUAAGUUAUAAGCCGUUGUACCGCGGAAAGCCAGAAGUAACAUGCCCAUUCUGUGCUGCAUCGUUUGACCCACAAUACAAAGGCAACCUAUGCACCGUAUGCGAAGUAAGCGAAAUCGGCAAGGAUAGCAUCGGUUUGCGAAUAUCGAAUUUGCAAUUUCGUUAAAUCUUUAAAAGAACUGCAAACGACGCGCUUGUGUUUAGUUAUUAUGCCAGCAAUGGCUUUAAAUGGUGUGCCCGUAUUAGGACACCAAUCAUAUAUGUUUAAUUUUUAGCCUUAAAUUUCUACUGGAACUUAUAUACUUAUGCUAACAUAUAUUUAGAACUAUCCGUAUUUGUUUCCACUAAAGAAAUAUUAAAUAAAGUAUGAUUAUGAAUGUUUA